AAGCGUUAACUCCUCCCAACCGCCGCCGCCGCCGCCGCUCGUUCUCCCCCCCACCUCCUUAUUCCUCAAGGGCGGGGCGGCAGGAGCCGGUAACUGUCGCGCAUGGGCGCUGGGCUUUUCCAACGCUGGGCGCUCGCGCGGGGUGUCAGAGCCUUGCUGCGGCUGCAGCGCCAUUCUCCUCUCUCCCCAUCCCCUAGGAUUAGAGCGGGCGCGCCCCCCUCCUCCCUUCUGGCUGCUGCAGCCCUGCGUUGUGUGACUGGGAGGUUCCUGAGUGCGAGGCAUGAAGCUGAGUAAAGCCCAGUAUGAUGAAAUAGCCCAGUUCUUGGGGCACGUGCAGCCCACCAGACAGAGCCUGAGGAAGCUGAAGGAGAGAUUCCCUAGUCAAUCGCAGUCCACUCUGCUGAGCAUCUUCUCCCAGGAGUACCAGAAACAAAUCAAAAGAACACAUGCAAAGCAUCACACUGCUGAGGCUAUUGAAACUUACUACCAAAGGUACCUGAGUGGGGUGAUGAAAAAUGCAGCUGCCCCUGUACUACUGGAGCUAGCCAAUGAGGUGGACUUUGCACCAUCGUUGACUCGAAUUGUGCUAGAAAGAUUUCUAAAGAGCAAGAGGGAAACUAUCUCCUCCAAGACUCUUAUAAAUAGUAUGCUGCGGGACCCUUCUCAGAUUCCAGAUGGAGUUCUAGCAAAUCAGGUCUAUCAGGUAUUAAUCACAGCCAUCUUUUUUCAGUGUACUGUGAAUGACUGUUGUUAUGGACCACUGGUGGACUGCAUCAAACAUGUUAUAAACAAUAGUAUUUGUUCUCUAUGAGCUGAAGAACAGCUUCGUGCAAAGGGUUAUGACAAAACACCAGAUUUUAUUUUAGAAGUGCCAGUAGCUGUUGAAGGACAUAUAAUUCACUGGAUUGAAAGCAAAGCUUUUGGUGAUGAAUGUAGCCACCAGGCCUAUCUGCAGACCAGCUGGAGCUACUGGAAUAGAUUUGGUCCUGGAUUAGUCAUCUAUUGGUAUGGAUUUAUUGAGGAGUUGGACUGCCAUCGUGAACGUGGUAUCCUGCUAAAAGACUGCUUUCCUACUGAUAUUGUAACUCUGCGACACAGCAUGGCUCAACACUGAUGUUGGAAGAGAAAUUGGGAGGAAGAGGUGAAUCCGGAAGCAAUUUUACUUUCCUGCACUGUAAACUACUGGCAACAUCUGCCCUGAACUUCAGCUGAACUCCUGCUGCCUGUGAUCACACUACUACCUCUUUAGACAAACAUAUCAAGAGUUUCUGUUUUGCCUCAGCCCUCUGCUGUUGUGAGCAGCCAAAAACUACAGACACAACCCACUCAUUAUCAGCAGUUCUGUCUCUGUCAAACAGUUAGUUUAUAGAUAGUCAUAAUCUUUCUUCCUUCCGGAUGGCUUCUCCUUACAUACUAAACAAAAGAAAAAAUGUGGAGGCUGAAAGGUGUGACUUUCAAUUCUCCUCCCUGUGUUAUGGAGUCAUCUUAAAGAAAGUGCUUUCUGUUUUCUCUCACAUAACUUCGUUAAAUAUUAAAGAUCUGGCUCAAACACACACACAAGCCAGGAAAUUUGGUUAAGGCUGAAACUCCCUACUUAACACUCACACUGUGUCACUUGGUGCAAUUCAUAUGGUAAGAGAGGAUCACAUCAUCUUUAAUGCCUUGUUUGCACUCUGAAUUUCCUGGCUUUUGUAGCAUUAAGCCAGACAGCUACUAUUAUUCUAAUAUAAUGAUUGAUGCAUGAAUUUCCUCAUUUGUAUAUGUUUGCUUAAAAACAAAAGAAUCUGACAUUCAAUUUUUUAAAAAUAUUUUUCCUUAAUAAAAGUCAGCAUUUAUCUUGUGUGUAUGUAUAUAUAUAUAUAUAUAUGGGAAAAUGUGUGGUGCAUAUUAAUGUGUACCUUAAAAAGUAUUAAAAAUAAUUGGUAAAGCACAUUGACCUCUUUCAGCAGUUUUGGGAUAUCCUAGAAAUCUCUACUGAUGGAUCUUUUCCGUGGUUGAUUUUAAGCAAAUAAUUUGAGUAGAUCUGUGUAGGCCUCAUGAUGUGCAGUUUUCCGGCACGUGAAAUCCAAAAAGACCGUGUAUGAAACUUUGUACCUGGUUGAUGUAUUCUGAGAGUGUCAGCCUGGUGUGCAAGGAGAGAACCAAAAGGUAAACACUGCUUCCUACUGGAUUUGUUGGAUGGGGAAUUCAUCUAAAUAAGCACACCAUCUCCUGAGUGCUAUUGUUUCCUAUUCUCUUCUUCCUGAUGGAACUGCCAAGGCUGGAAGUGUCUAGAGAUGGCUGUGGGCUUCCACCAUUAUAGAAAUUGUGAGGGCUCCUUUCUCGUCUUCUUUUUACACUCAUCACCACAGAAAAGAGGGGUAGUGUUCAGCCUAACUUCUGCUCUCACAGCUAAGAGAUGGUCAGACAAGACAUCUCUUUGGGCUGGUAGCCUUUUUAAGACCCUUUCCUUCCUAACAGUCAGCCAGGGAAAAACAAAAUUUUUGAGGAAGCUGAUAGAAACACCACAAAUGCUGAACAUCUCUUCUCUAACCAAUCACAAGAGCCAAACAAAGCUAUAGACUCCAUCUUGGGAAGGGGAUUUGAUAAGAAGUCUCAUAAAACUGCCACUCCCAAAGGGAAAUUCCUCUCAGAAUAGGAAGUUGAGUUGCAUACUCAGCUUCUCUUGAGUAACAGAAGCUCUCAGAAUCUCAACAGAGAAGCUGUUUGGGGUCUGUAAUAUUUUGAAAUUGUGCACAAAUUUUCAAUCCAAAGUAAGAGAUGCAAAGAAAGUGUAUGAAACCACUUUUUUAACUUUAAAACAACUACACAGCUUAUUUUAAAAUAAACUUUCAAAUCUCACUUUUAUACUGAACUUUGUGCCAAGUUUUAGCAUGAAUUUUGUUUAUACGGCCAAUUUAGAAAUCCCUUCUUUUUUUUUUUCCUCUAGGAAAAAAUAGCUUUAAUAGUAUUGA